AUGACGGUCUUCAUCGCCUCUUUGUUCCUCCCGUACACCAUCGAUUUCCAAGUGACGGAACCUAAACAUGGACAUCGCGGGUCCUUGUCUAGCCAUGCAAAUGUCGAUGGUCCUGGAUCUAUCGAUGAACGCCAGCCAGAUGCCUAUUAUCAAACUCGCCCUGCGGGCUGUCUCCCACUAACACCCGGAGCCACGACGGAAGACGAGACGGUGUUCAGAGGAUAUACUUGGCGAUUAGCAGAUGAGAUUCCGAUUGCCAAUGACCGAUUGUGGCACGGCCCGAGCGAGCCCCGUGCCAUUUCUUGGGGACACAGCCGGAGGUUUCAUCAGCCCAAAUCCAAGGCCACAGAUCCCCCAACACCAUCUAUCGUGAGCAGCAGAAGGGAGUUGUCUUUGGAUGGAUCACAGGAUCGAUCGGACAUAAAAUACUACAGUAGCACACGAAGCUCGCUCUCCAAUGCCGAAUGGGUCGUCAAAGCUGCCGAACAAGGUCAUGGAGGUCUACAAAAUGCCAUCCACGCUGCUGAAAAGUCGAGCUUGCUCAAGGACAAGACUUGGGUGGGGACGCUAGGCAUGCCUACCGACUCAUUGGCAGAUUCUACCAGAACAGACAUCGCUGAGACCCUCCAGGACGUGUAUGAUUCGUUGACUGUCUUUGUGAGUGACAACGAGUUUGAGGGCCAUUACACCCAUUUCUGUCGCGCGGUACUUUGGCCAGCCCUCCAUUAUCAGAUGCAAGAAAGCCCUCGGCAUACUGAGUAUGACGGUUACUCUUGGGUCCAAUACCUCAAGCUCAACAAGGCAUUUGCAGAAACAAUCAUCAACCACUGGAAGCCAGGUGAUAGAAUAUGGGUUCAUGACUAUCAUCUUCUGCUUCUUCCCGGCCUCCUGAGGGAAAGACUACCCCAGGCCGAGAUUGGAUUUUUCUUGCAUACCCCGUUUCCUUCUUCCGAAAUCUUCCGUUGUUUGAUUCACCGCGAGGAACUGUUGAAUGGGCUUCUGGGUGCCGAUUUGAUUGGAUUUCAAACAGAGGAGUACUGCAAUCACUUUCUUCACUCCUGCAGCCGGCUAAGGAGGCUAGAGGUCUCUGUCAAUCAAGUCCACCUCAACCAUCGGUACGUUAGGGUUGUGAAUUCUCCAUUGGGGAUUGAUCCCUCAUCACUUUAUACAUUACGCCAAUCCACCGAGGUCAAGGGUUGGAUACACAGCAUCCGCCAUAAAUACCAAGGACAAUAUCUCAUUGUAGCGCGGGACCGAUUGGAUGCACCGGGAGGGAUUAAGCAGAAGCUUCUGGCAUAUGAGCUUUUUCUCAAGACUUAUCCAGCAUGGAGAGGACGGGUGGUUUUAGUCCAAGUAAUGUCAUCUGCAUCUGAGAUCCCAGAGCUGGAGGCGCAGAUCUCAAAGAUCGCAAUGAGGAUCAAUGCAACAUAUUCAACCAUCACUCACCAGCCCUUGGUGCUGGUCAAGCAGGAUAUCAGCCACUUCCAAUUCAUUGCCCUCUUAAGUGUUGCACAUAUCUUCAUGGCCACCAAUCUGCGCGAGGGGAUGAACCUGACAAGCCAUGAUUUCAUUCAUUGCCAAGAUGGACAGCUUAGCUCCCAUAAACAUGGAUCCCUGAUCCUCAGCGAGUUUGUGGGUAGUGCCUCUAUUUUUUGUGGCCAUAAGCUUCUCGUCAAUCCGUGGGAUUACAAACAAUGUGCCGAUGUGAUCAAAUCCGCACUCGAGAUGUCAGCGGGAGAGCAGAAACUCAACUGGAAUUUCCUGCUCGAUUGCAAAUCUCCCUAUACUGCCCUCAAAUGGCACACGGGGCUACAAGAUGCUCUCACAAAAGCCCACGAGAUACAGCAAAUUCGUCAGACAAACCACCCCUCUCCACUUUCACCUACUGACUUGAAAAGGUCAUAUCUCGCCGCCAGAGCACGGAUGUUCUUUUUAGAAGACGGCGCAAUCUUCGGUCCAAAUUUCGGCAUAGGAGAGUCUGUCUCCCUAAACAAAGCCUGUUCAACUCUAAAAACGCUCAUAAACGACCCCAAGAACAUCUUAUACAUACUCAGCAACCAGAGUACCGAGCAGCUCCAGCAAGCACUCGAAAAACUCCCCUGCGAGCUCGGUUUCAUCGCCGAGAAUGGGUGCUUCCUACAAGAACCCGAAUCAGAUUUAUGGAUUCCAUUCGUGCCUCAAAGCGCCAUGAAAUGGCGUCCCGGCAUCAAAAGAAUUAUGGAGUAUUUCCACGAGCGAACUGAAGGCAGCGGAAUCGAGCAUCGCCGCUGCUCCCUAACAUUCCACUACGACGGUGCGCUCGACCGCGAAGUAGCCGCUCGCCAGGCCUCCGAGUUAGCCUAUCAAAUCAACGGUGCCCGCGGACGUGCGGAUUUCCACGUCGUCCGCGAGGCAACAUCGGUGAAGGUUGAACCGCCGCAUGUUGCUUUCGGAAAUGGGAGAGCCGCCACCUAUAUCCUAGACCAUCUCCCUAAUAUCAAGUAUCCGGAGUUUCUGUUCGCAGCUGGUGGUUCUCGCAGUGUUGAGGCGCUGUUUCGCUGGGCAAAUGAGUUGGGUGUUGCCCCCGUUGCUUCUCGGUUUGAUAAUUCCGAGCUUGGGAAAACACUCCAUGUCACCACCGUGACAACUAGCACACAUGCUACCGAGGCGAGAUCGGUGUUGCCGUCUGAUUCCUCGCUUUUGGCUGUUUUGGGUGAACUGUCGAGUUUCACGUCUAAUGGGGAGGAUACUGAAUGA